AUGUUGGAAAUUGUUAUUGAUCAUAGAAAACGUUUUAAAGAAAAAAGAUCUGAUGCAUACAAUAAAAAAAUUGUCUGGUUUAAUUCCCGAUUAGGAAAUAAUCCCUUUAAUCAAUUUACAAUGAAUAAAGAUCCUAUAGAGGAGAAAUCUAAUGAAUCAACUGUUGUAUACAAUCAAUACUGCUCAACAAAUGAUUUACUCUCUUGUGCAUGUGACAGUAAUGAUAAUGAAAAUUGGCUCCAUUCAAAUGAAACCGAAUAUCAUAGAGCUAACCUUGAUGAUAGAUUAGGUGUUAAUUUUAAUUCUGGAAUAUUUGAUUGGUCUCAAAGUGAAUCUUGGUUAAUUGUUCAAAAUGCUAUAAUAAACACCAUUCUCUGUAAACCAAAUCUAGAUAUCAGUGAAGCAGUCAGAAAUAUGAGACAACUGGUAAACUCUGGAAUUGAAACGGCUACUAUUAUUGAAUAUUGUGAUAAAAAGGUGUUACGUAACACUAUGCGUACUCUUCGUAGGCCGUUAGAAAAUUUAAAUGGCAAUGAAUUGAUCAGUGAACUGAUAAGAAUUUGGAAAUAUUAUAUAAACUAUAGUUAUCCUAUUAUUUUAUUAAUAUUCACUACAGUGUCAGUUCCACAAAAAACAAUUGAAUACAUGUUAGGAGUUUCCUUCUUAAAGUAUAUACUUGAGAGGAUGAAAAUUGAAGACAUUAUCAAGAAACAGAAUAAAAGAAUUAAUUCGCAUGUUCGACACAUGUAUUACACAAUACUAACCUUUUGUUCAGACAAGCUUUCAGUUGACAAAAUUCAACAAUAUAAUCAAUUAUUUAUGAAGUAUAUUUUAUCUGGAAUGGAAUUCAUAGAAAAUCAAUAA